GAGCAAGCGCUGCUGGCACAGUCCAGAGUUCAGCAGCAUAGCGGAACUCUUCUCUACGUGUUAUACCUUUUGAUCUCCUCAUUCAGCCCGCUGACACGCGCACGGGCUGACUUUUAGCCCUCUGGGUAUUUCUGGAUUUGUUCCCGCAGCGUCUGAACGUUGUAUCUCUUCCGCGCCGUCUCCCUCGGACCCGGUGUGGAUUUUACGCGUUUAUCCGACCUCUUCCUCGGACCUCCGGAGCUGUGCCCCCCGGAGCCAUGGCGCGCUCCUUACUGCCGUGUCUCCUGCUGUUCGUAUCGGCGCAGACGAUCUUUUCCUCGGCGGUCUUCGAGCUGAAGAUCAACUCCUUCACCAGCGCGCGCAGCGUCUGUCAGUUCCAGACCCAGGACUGCCAGAUCUUUUUCCGCGUGUGCCUCAAGCACUCGCAGGACUCGCAGGACGAUACCAAACCGGAGCCGCCCUGCACCUACGGAAUCGCGUUCACGGAGAUCUUCGGCGCGGACCCCAAAUCCAUAUCCGCGAGCGCGCCCGUCAAGGUGGACAUCAGCUUCAAGUGGCCGGAGACUUUCGCGCUGAUCAUUGAAGCUUGGAACGCGGAGUCUUCAGGUCUGGACUCUACAGAAAACCAGAAUAACCUCAUCAGUCGGCUGGCGACCCGCCACAGACUAAGAGUUGGGGAAGACUGGUCCCAGGGCGUGCAGUUUGGCAACCAGAGCGAGCUUAACUACUCCUACCACUUAGUGUGUAAUGAGUACUACCACGGCAACGCUUGCUCGUCCUACUGCCGGCCCCGCAACGACACCUUCGGCCACUACACCUGCGACGACAACGGAGGCCGCCGCUGCUUGGGGGGCUGGACGGGCGUGUACUGCUCUCACCCCAUCUGUGCUGCAGGUUGCAGCAAGGAUCACGGCUUGUGCGAGUCUCCCGGGGAGUGUGUGUGUCGGCAGGGCUGGCAGGGCGAGCGCUGCGACGAGUGCGCCCGACACCCCGGCUGCAUCCACGGGACCUGCCUGCAGCCGUGGCAGUGCAACUGUCGGGAGGGAUGGGGAGGACUGUACUGUGACCAAGACCUGAAUUACUGCACCAACCACAAGCCGUGCAAGAACGAUGCCUCGUGCACCAACACCGGCCAGGGCAGCUACACCUGCACCUGCAGGCCCGGGUUCACCAGCAAGAACUGUGAAAUUGAGACCAACGAGUGUGACAGCAACCCCUGCAAGAAUGGCGGCAGCUGCAAAGACUUGGAGAAUGAUUAUUCGUGCGAAUGCCCUCAAGGCUUCUAUGGGAAGAACUGCGAGAUCAGCGCCAUGACCUGCGCAGACGGGCCGUGUUUUAAUGGAGGCACCUGCACGGAGAGCGUGGUCGGUGGGUACAGUUGUCGCUGCCCGUCUGGGUAUACAGGCUCCAACUGCGAGAAGAGGAUCGAUAAAUGCAGCAGCAACCCCUGCGCCAACGGCGCUCAGUGUUUGGACCUCGGUAAGCGCAUCAUGUGCCGCUGCCGGGCCGGCUUCACCGGCUCCCGUUGCGAGACCAACAUUGAUGACUGUGCCAGCAACCCCUGCUUCAAUGCCGGCACUUGCGUCGAUGGCAUCAACGACUUCACCUGCACGUGCACACUAGGCUUCACCAGUAAGGACUGCGCCAUGCGCAUCAGCUCCUGCGACCACUCCCCCUGCCACAAUGGUGGCGCGUGUUACACCCACUUCACUGGCCCCGUAUGCAAGUGUCCACUGGGCUUCAUGGGCGCGCGUUGCGAGUACCCCGUCCCCAUGGCAACAACAAAACCGUCAGGAAAUCCCGACGGCCCUUCUGCUCUGAUUGCCGCCGUAGCCCUCGGCCUGGUGACGCUCACCCUGCUCGUUUUCGCUGCCAUCCACAUUCUGCGUCAGCUCCGACGGGGCAGGAAGCUAACAGGCAUGACCACGUCGGUGAAGAACAACCUGGAGACGGCAAACAACCGCAACACGUUGGUCAGUGGGGGUGGAUCCUAUAAUGGGAGCUUACCAGGAGCGCCGCUGUGUAGCCUGAGAGAGAAGGAGGCCUUCCUCAUUCCGGGGGGACAACUUAAAGUGUCCAAUAAGGACGCGGCGUUGGUGGAGAACGGUGGCGACAACAAUGCCAUCUUUAAGAACCAAAUGGCAGACUGUAACCUGGCAAGAGACGAGCAGCGCAUGGCCAGGAACAAGUUUGACCCUAAGAAGUGUGACUCGUCCGUCAUCGUUCCUCCUCUCAGUUUUUCCAAGGACGGCCUGUAUCACCCAGUUUUCAUCAUCCCGGAGGAGAUGGAGCACUGUGUGUUUGCUACUGAGGUAUAAGCUCCAGGUUUCAUACCGCAGGGGAUCUAUUAUGCUGAAGGCUUGAAAAGUGUUCCCCCCGAGGAUCUAUUCAACACAAUUUAUUUUAUUUAAUAUUUAUUUCUGCUGCUCAACAGAAAGAAACUAGAAAAAAAUACUUUUUUCUGCUUCAAUGCUGCCAAUGUUCAUAUGACAAUCUGUUAAGAAAGAAAGAGCAACAAAUGAGAGAAAAGAGGAAGAGUUAAAAACCUGCGUCAUUUGCACUAUUAUCUUUUUUUGUACUUUAUAUCUUAAUAUAAUAUUUCUGUUAGUAUAUCUGACUGUUCUUUGGAUCAAUCAAGAUUGGGAGAACAAAAAUAAUUGGAUGUGUCCACCAAUCGGAGAAACCGGUGCCUUAGCUAUCCUCUCCAAUCACCGUUUUGCGUGUAAUCUCACAGUAUGAUGUGUUAAUCAAAUAGUCAGUGUACCUGCUGACAGGAAAAGGAGACAGAUUGUUUAUUUUGAAUCAAACAACUUUAAUAUUUUCUGUCUGAGAGCUGAACUUGAAAACUUUUUAUUUUCUUGAAGAAUCACAUGGUGGCCUGUAAAAAGAAACAUACUCUGAAGUGCCUCUUUUUAUGAAAAACUACAGCAGGACCCCUGAAUACAGAGGGAUUAUAUUUUCAUCUUGUGUUCAAGUUGUUGCUUUAUGAGCCCAAAAAAAACCUCAUUUGUAGCCACUGGAGGUCUUUCGACUGGUGAUGUAUUUUUAAGCCCCUCCUAUGUACAAUUUAUCCCUGAUUCUAAUCGCAGUCAAAAUGUUUCGGCUUGAACAGGUUUCAGUCUGGUAGAAAGUGUAGCAUAGCUUCAUCUUACAAAAAUAAUUUUACCGUUGUCUUCCUGCGAUAAUACUUUUACGUUAUAUACGUUUUUUCUCGAUUGUAGUACAUCAUCAAAGUUUAUUUUUCUAUGAAUCAAAAAGCAACAAAAAAAUGAUGCUUUUUUCUUUCACGCUGCCUUCAGCCAAUGCUAUCACAACCAAUAAACAGGAUCCCAGCAGAGACAAGGGCAACAUUUCCAAGACGCAACCUGCCAGUCACUGAUCAGGGUUGUUGUAUAUUUAGGAAAAAAGAAAACUUUGAAGGGCUCCAAAUAGAGUGUUUUUUUACAUCUUUUUUAUUCCUUAUGAUACCAAAAAUAUCUGUAGUCGUGUCUUUGUACUAUCUUCAUUAAUUUAAGAAACCAAUGCAAUGUGUACAUAUCACCCAGAAGAUAGUUUCCUAUUUAAUUUUUCCUUUUGUAAAUAAUGUCGUAUUUAUGAAAGAGAAUUGUAUAUAUGUCUAUGCUUAAUGUGCCUGUUGUCUCAGUCAAAAUGAAAUAUAUUUUUUCAUAAAUACAUUUAAAAACAUUA